CUUGUAGUCACCUUGUAGACUGUCGAAUCUUCUUUCCCCCUUUACCUCCUCAAUCCAAACAUUCAAUCCACACUCCUUCCACCAAGAUGAUGGUCGAUCCCUUUGAGGUGCGCAUGCGCUUCACAGCGCAGCUGCAGCACCUAAAUGCCUCCGUGACCUCAUCCCAAAAAGCAGCGCAUUAUGCACUCAAAUACCGCGACAUGGACGAGGACCUACACUCGUGCAUCCUGGAACAACUAGAAAGAAACAACAUGAACAACCGCGCCAACAUAAUGUACUUCAUCGAACAAUUCUGCGACAUGGCCACGAAAGAAGACCACGCGCCCUACGUCCGCAUGAUCCAACGCGACAUCCUCCGCAUCGUGGAUUGCGUCGCGCCCGCCGACGGCUCCGGCGCCGCGAACGUCAAACACGUCCGUCGAGUCCUGAACGGUCUACAGAGCAAGGAGAUCCUCUCCGCUGAGACGAUCGCGGAGAUUGAUGCGGGCUUGAAGGAUCGGGAAACCCACCCGGCGCAUCUCGACCUGGAGGCUGAGGAAGGGGGUGGGGGUGGCGAUGGUGGUGGUGAUGCGAGGGCUAAGCAUGGGACGCCGAGAGGGUCCAAGAGCAGUGGGAUGCGUGUGGACAAGCGGCAGAUUGAGCAGCGGAUUGAGGAGGAUCGAGAACGAAACAAGCGACUACGAGAGAGUAUGUGGACGGUUAGUGGGGAUGAUGGAGAUGAGCAUGGGAAGUUCUGGGAUGAGGCGAGUGAUAUCGGGGAGGAUGAUUUCUUGGCUGCGAAUGAGGAGGUUAUGGAGCGGAGGCAGAUGAUUGGUGCGAGGUGAUGCUGUGAUUGAUGCUGUCGUCGGGGAUUUUACAAGCAUGUACUUGCGAUGGGAUGGUGUUUUGGCGCGGUUUGAUAUUUAUCUGCAUGGGGUACUUGGGAUGCAUUGGCGUUUCAUUGAGAAAUACAAUUACAGGACGUUUAUUUGACAGCAUAAACUAGAUUAUUUUUACUUGACACGAUCAAAUUGAAAAUGAAGC